GGAGCACUACGGAUUUCAUCGCAAGGAUCUCUACCGGCCACGACAGCUGUUUCUAAAAACAUGUUUUCAUAAAUUUUAUCGAUAAAAACGAAUAUAAGCAUCAAUUUAUAAAUUAAAAAAUGCUUCCUUUACACAAACACGAUAAAGAAUAUCGAGGUCCAGGAAUAUGUGGGAAAAUCGCAGGAUGGAUGAGACUCAUCUUGUCAGAAAAAACUUCACGGAAUAUCUUCAUGUUUCUGAUCCUAAAUUUGUCGUUUGCAUUCGUAGAAUUGGCAUAUGGAAUAUGGACUAAUAGUUUAGGUUUGAUAUCAGACUCGUUCCACAUGUUCUUUGACUGCACUGCCCUGCUUGCUGGUCUGGCUGCUUCUGUUAUUUCCCGUUGGAGAGCUACAGAAACAUUUUCUUAUGGUUACGUGAGAGCAGAGGUCCUAGCUGGUUUUGUAAAUGGUCUCUUUUUGCUGUUUAUUGGAUUUUUCAUCUUUUCUGAGGCGGUGGAGAGGCUGGUCGAGCCCCCUGAGGUCAGACAUGAGCGUCUGUUCCUUGUCUCCUGCGCAGGCUUCGUCGUGAAUAUGAUUGGAAUCUUUGCCUUCCAGCACGGUCACAACCAUUCGCACGGCGGAGGCGAUGAUCAUGGACAUGCUCACGGUGGACAUUCUCUUGGACUUGGUCACUCGGAGAAUCAUGACAGUAACCACGGGCACAGCCACGAGGUCCGUCGUCACGGCCAUAGUCAUGAUGACCACAGCGACCAUGGACACAGCCAUAGCGACCACGGACACAGUCACGGUGGCAAUAGCAAACCCCCGGAGCCCAGACAACACGUGUCCCAGACACAGAUCAUGCAUGGAGUUUUCCUUCAUAUCCUGGCCGACACCCUGGGAAGUGUGGGAGUGAUAAUCUCAUCAGCCCUUAUCCACAUGUUUGGCUGGAUGAUAGCAGAUCCCGUGUGCUCCAUGUUCAUUGCUAUUUUAGUCACCAUUAGUGUUUUCCCGUUAUUGCGAGACUCAGUGGGCAUUUUGAUGCAGAGGACACCACGCUCCUUGGACAUGCUGCUGCCUGGGUGCUAUCAAAGAGUGAGCCAGCUAGAGGGUGUGUUCAGUGUACAGGAGCCCCACUUCUGGACUCUGUGCAGUGACGUCUAUGUAGGAACAAUCAAGCUGGAGGUUGCAUCCAAAGCGGAUGCCAAAUAUAUUCUCAGUCAAACACACAGUAUUUUCACACAGAUUGGAGUACGACAACUGUACGUGCAGGUGGACUACGCCAUGAUGUAGACGUCCGCGUCUCUGUGGUGAAUCUUACUGGAUCUAGAUUACUGCUGAUCAGACUGAGCUUUGUAUAGGAUAUACUGGUCUCAAUGCAUGUACAGAAGUGUCAUUCCUGAUGAGCCUGUGCAAUCUGCACAGGCUUAUAAUCAGGGAUGACACUUUCCCAUUUUAUGGAUUUUUCGUUUAAAUAAAGUUUUUCUUUAAAAAUCUGAUGUAGGUGGAAAGUGUUUUCCUUGAUCAGCCUGUGCAGGCUUCACAGGCUGAUAUGGGAUAACACUUAAGGCACAUGCAUUAAGCCCAGUUUUCCCAGACUUGGAGUACUCCUGAUCAGACUGACGGGCCAAAUCUUCAAGAACAUUUCAAUUUUAUUGUACAUUUAUCAUUAUUAUGAUUAUUUAGUAUGCUUUUAUUCUUGGAUAAUCUGUCAACUGCACAAUUUAUAUACAUUUGUUUCAUUUGUAUACAUAUCUUUUCAGCUUUGGAAUUGUUAGGGUGUAGUCUCAAAGUAACCGUUGAUAUCUUCAUCAAGAAAUAUGAGAAUAUUUUUUAAAUUAUAACUUAUAAAAAAUAUUUAAAACAAUUUCUGCACUGAUUUAUUAAUUUUCUAGAUACAAGUAUAUUAAUGUUGUUGACUUUUUGCCAAAUUGGGAUUUUGUUCAGGGGGCAGAUUGUCUCAAGACAUUCUUGUGUGUGCUCAGUGGGAUCCUGGGCAUCUUAAACACAAAUGGCAUUUGUUCAAUCACCACCCAUCACAUUUGGUCAUAUGUUACUUCUUCUUAAGUCAUGUUCAGAAUGAUAAAAAAAAGUUAGUCACAAAGCAUUUUAUAAUCCCUGUAUCAAUUUCUAUCCACAGGUGCAUAAAGGUGCCAGACAUGUGUGAUCAAAAGUUUUUAAAAGUUAUUAGUCUUUAACACUUGAACCUUUAAUGUAGCAUUUACCAUAUUUUCAGGAAUAUAUAAGACACAACUUUUUUCAGACACAAGUGUCUCAUAUUGCCAUGUGUCUUAUAUAUGGAACAAAAAAAUUAAGUCACAAUUGCAAAUAUGCUUAAGUGAUGACCACUACAAGUAAUUUGUUUUUCUGUUUCCAUAAACAAUUUAUUUUACAUCGAAAUCGGUUACACAAUACUAAACGAAUAGUAUGAGCUUACUUGGUAUAUGUAACAUAUUUUAUUGGUAAAUAUAAUUUAAUAUUAAAUAAAACUACUCAAAAUAAAAGUAGUCGUCUGAUUUAUUUAUUUGACGAUUUUACUCAGGGGCUUUCCUGAAACAUGACAGUUUGUAACAAAUUAUAACAAAAUACAACAAAUUUCAAAAUUGCAAGCAGUUGUAAUACCUGUUAUUACUAAUUAAAAAACGAAGCAUAGCACAAUUUGCAGUUCAGGCAAUUAACUCUUCACAAUAGCCAUGAUUAGUCAUCACCUUUUCGUUUCAACAAGAUUGUUUUUUGUUUAUUUGGAUCUGUAUCUAUGCUUCUUGCUAUUCAUAAUGACCUUCUAAUUUCCUCGAUGUUUAAUUAGGUUUAAGUGCAGUGCAGCCUUUGCUAGUGUUUCUGAGUCACACAUAGGUUUCCACUGGGCACACUUCUUGUACUAGUCAAUAUGGCUUUCAUUGUGAUGCUUAUAUCAGAAUGUGUUUGCUCUUAUUGUUGUAAUGUGCCUUUUGAAGUGGUGCAAAAGAGUUUUUGUAAAAAUAUAAUAAUGUUUCACAUCGUCUGAUAAACAAAACUUGUUUGUGUAUCAUUACAUACAAAAAUAAAGUUUGUGCAUAUAUAUUUAUACAUGUUUAUGUAAUUAAUGAGUUGCGUGUUGUCAUUGUCACAGACACAACUACUAUAGAUCAGCUAAGUCAUUUACCAUGAAGCUUUUUAAGGACUUGAAUUUGGCGAGAGAUAAAAGGUUCACCAUAUUUAUAGAAAAACAUUUUUGUCUAUCACUAAUUCACUACUAUAUUUGUAUGAUUUAAUUGGUGCCAGUUUUUUAUUGUCAGUGAAAUGUACUUCCUUUCAAUUGAUUUUAAGUUGAACAUCAUUGAUAUAAAGGAUGGUACAUUAUACACUUUUAAAAAUCAUAACUGUGUUGUCAUUUUAAUCAUUUUUAUUCUUCACUCUCUUUAGGCAGAGCUUUGAACUCUUAAAACAAAUACUUCAUGCAAACUGAUCAUUCUUGGUCUGUGCUUAAAUUGUUUGUUUUACUCAAUGAUAAAAUCAGACUCUUUUGUUUAGGUUGAAAACAGCAGUAUUAUUGGACCACGUAGUUCUUUUAUGUAUCUUUAACAAAGAUUCUGGUCAUGUUAUGGCUGAAAAAUAUAUUGAUUUAAGUGUUACUGUAUCAUUUUCAUUUUAGUGAUGGCAAAUGGUGCAAUAUAUAACAACCUAGAUAGUUUGGUGCUGGAGUUUUACAGGUGAAGUUAUGUUGAGGAUCAUUCUGGAAAAAGACUUGGCUGAAUGCAUGUGUGUAGAGUGUGACCCCAGAUAAGCUUGUGCAGUAUGCGCAGGCUAAUCAGGGACGACUUUUGCCGCUUUUAUGUUUUGUUGUAAGGAAGUCUCUUCUGGGAGGAAAUCUUCUUGAGACAUAAAAUUAAGAUAAGCUGUACAGGCUAAUCUGGGAGCACACUUUACACGAAUGCAUUAAGCCCAGUUUUCCCAGAACAGGGUUUUUAUACUAGUUGAAGUUGUAUAGUUUUAUUGUACUUCCAUAUAUUCCAUGUUAAAAUAAAGCUAUGUGUUCAAUUGCUACACUAGCGGUUGAGUUUUCUAAAUUUUAGAUGAGCGUAUGUUGAUUAUGGUAGCCAAUGUAUAUGGAUUUAGUCAGAGGAUAUGCAGGGGGCCCCAUUUGAUUUUUAUCCCUCACACCUUCAUACAAUGUUACUGGAUAUUAAAAUCAUACUAUUUUUAAUAAAGGCAUACCUCAUUUAAUAUAUGGUGAUUGAAUAUAAGUAUUUAAAUCGAAACAGUGCAAUUUAGUAACUUGGAAAUUACACAUUCACAAUUUUUACCAUCCCGAUUUUUUAAAAAGAGGUUGCAGUGUCGCUGUUUAGCCUACCCCCUUGGAACCUUUUUAAGUCUGGCUGAGUCCCUACAAAUGUAUUAUGAUUUCAAAUUCGUUUGCUUAUGAUUGUUUUUUGUACACCUAUAGCAUUGCUCAUUGUCUAUGUGUUGUUAAACUGCUUGUGUUGUUAUGCAUUAACACUAGCAAAUGUGAUGCUCUGUUUCGUAUUCGUACGAAUAUCAAAGUUCCAGCUCAAUUUAGUCUCCAAUCAAAAACGUUUUCGUGAAUAUUUGUGUAAUUAUAUAUAUUUAAUAAUUUAUCUAAACUCUGAUUAAUGGCGUUUUCUUUUGCGUUGCAUAAAAAAUUGUAUCAAGGACUAUACUUCAUGCAGAUGCAUUGAGCCCCAUUUUCCCAGAGCACACCUCUAUAUGUUGCUUUGCAGCUGGAGACCUUAGUAAGUAACCUCCCCUUAAUACUCACUUGGAACCAGUCCAUGAAGCUUAAUCAGUAUGAAAGCUUUUUGAACAUUAAACAUAUCUCCUACACCGAUUUAUACUGGAAUCUCAUGGUGACGAGUUAUCCAAUCACAUUCAGAGAAGCUGAAUACAUAUUCCACUUGCUUUAAAGUUUUUCUUGAUUAUCAAGCAUUUAACUGUACAUUAAAUAUGUUUUUUUAUAGAUUUUGAUUGGAAAGAUAAUAUGAAAUGUCUGGAUUUUUACUUUAGAAGAAAUUUGAAUUUUCAGAUUGUUUGCUGUACUUGAAAGUGAAUUUUCUGGAUUUCAUAAGAAAUCUACAAUUGCUGGCUUCCUUAAGAAAUCUUUUUUUUAUUGUUUGCACUCUUAACAUGACAUUUCGGCUAUAACAAAGAUGAAUAUUCAGGCUUUUCACUUUGAACAGACACAGUACAUUGUGACACUUGAUUUUGCACAUAUUUUUGUCAAAUUCAUUAUCAUUCUUAUUAUUGUUAAUCUGGAAAAGUGUUAUCCUAAUUCAUGCAUUGAGCGCGUUUGUUCAUUUUUUGUAUAAAAAGGAUGUUUGUUGCUCUUUAAUGCUCUUUAAUAGUUGGUAGAAAUUGUAGAAUCAAUUUUACGAGUAUAACAUUUUAGCACAUAAUCAUGGUAGUCAUUGUUUAGUAUGCGUUUGAGUUUAAAUCACUAGCUUUAAGCUUCUGUGUGAUAGACCAUGUAUUUUCAUGUGUGUGUAGGUGAGAUUUCCGGUGCAAUUCUUGUUUGUCCGAUAGGUAAAAGUUUCUAUUGCAAGUUUCAAUUUCUGUUGUACUUACUGUUCAUGAAUAACAUAUAUUGCAUUUGUGUAUGUAAGAAUUAAAUAAUUGUGACUAUGCUGCUUUAUAUUUCAUGAAUCAUUGAGAUUUUAUCAUCUUUGAGCAUGACUUGUGUAGAUACUUAAUGUACAUUAUUUUAUUUGUAAAGUUAAUGGA